CGUGAUGACCCGAAAGCCUUUUCUUUCCUCCCCCUUUUCCUUCUAAUAUCUCUUGCUGAUCCUGUCGAGGACGCGUCACUUUAGUUGCUUUCUCUGCAUGAAUGGUUCAGAUGAGCCGCAUCGGAACCGCCGAGUCGCCGCGCGCUCAAAAAAAAAAGCCAUCAGGUUUUAAUGUGCAUCUAAUCAAGCCUCUGACUGAAGAGACCCUGCUGGAUUGUUGCUGAUCAACUGAGCCAUUCAUUCAUCUUGAGAGUUAGUUGCUGGUGACUCAUCGCUGUCCAUCAAAGAAACAAAAAAAGUCUUAACCAUGUGGAGUGACCAGAACAAUGGAAGCCAGCACGGACAUGUGACUGCCAGGAUGGAGACCAGUUUGCCAAUGGGGACCCCGAGCAUCUCGGUAUCGCAGCACCAGGCUCCGAAAAAGUUUGCUCCAGUUGUGGCGCCCAAACCCAAGUUCAACCCGUACAAGGCUCCAGGGGACUCUACACAUGAUAUUGCAGGCGAUUAUCCUCUGCCACCUCCACCUGUAGUGGACACCAGCGGCAUGGCAUCUUCCUCGUCUUUCCCUCCACCUCCACAGAUGGACGAGAGCUCCUUUGGAUUUCAGAUCAAAGGGCCAGAGAAGACCCUGGAGGAGAGACGCUCAAGCCUAGAUGCCGAGAUCGACUCACUGACCAGCAUUCUUGCCGAUCUGGAGAGCAGCUCGCCGUAUAAGAGUCGCUCAACACAGAAUUCUGCCACCCUACCGGCGAGCCCUAGCACCCCUGUUACAGGAUAUAAACGCAUGGUGAUCCCCAACCAGCCACCUCUGACUGCCACCAAAAAAUCUACUCCCAAGCCUCAGGCUCCUCCAUCUGCUGCUCCAGCCUCCUCUCCAACUCCUUCCACCAGACCUCAGCAGCCAGUUCCUGCUUCCUACAGCACAGCCUCUACUCCCAGUCAGCCCACAUUCAGUGUGCAGGCUCGAGCAGCUCAGCCUGGCCCUCAACAGCAGCAUCAGCAGCCUGCCCGAGCCACAUACGCACAGGGGCAAUACACACCUUCUCAGCCUCGAGCCCCUGACUUUGCCUAUGGGCCUCCACAGCCUACUUUCACUUCAGCUGGAGGGUACCAUGAGCAACACUAUGGUGGACCACCAGGUCUUGGAGGCCAGAACACCUGGAGAGCUGAGCCAAGCCAUCACUCUGCACUACCGCAGAAUCAGAGCUACCAGCCUCCUGCCCCGAAGAAGACCUAUAUUACCGACCCUCCUGCCAGCAUGGCACCUUAUGGAGCAGGAGUAAUGGGGGCUCAAAAGGCUCCAGGUCUGUCCACUGCUCACCCUGAAGAAGAGCUGGACAGACUGACCAAGAAGAUGCUCUUUGAUAUGAACCACCCACCAUCAGAGGAAUACUUCGGACGCUGUGCAAGCUGUGGGGAAAAUGUGCUUGGUGAAGGCACUGGCUGCACUGCCAUGGAUCAGGUCUUCCAUGUGGACUGCUUCGUGUGCAUGACCUGCAGCUCCAAGCUGAGAGGAAAACCUUUCUAUGCUGUGGAAAAGAAGGCUUACUGUGAGCCAUGCUACAUUAACACCUUGGAGACCUGUAACAUCUGCAGUAAGCCCAUCAUGGAGAGGAUUCUGCGGGCGACGGGUAAAGCAUACCACCCACACUGCUUUACCUGUGUGGUGUGUCACCGGAGCCUGGAUGGCAUUCCUUUCACCGUGGAUGCCUCCAACCACAUCCACUGCAUCGAGGAUUUUCACAAGAAGUUUGCCCCUCGUUGCUCUGUGUGUAAAGAGCCCAUAAUGCCUGCUCCUGGCCAGGAGGAAACGGUGCGCAUUGUGGCCCUGGACCGAGAUUUCCAUGUGCAGUGCUACCGCUGCGAGGACUGUGGCUGUCUGCUGUCUGAGGGUGAUAAUCAGGGCUGCUACCCACUGGAUGGUCAUGUUCUCUGCAAGAACUGCAACACCAGCCGCAUCCAGGCCCUCACUGCCAAGGCCACCACUGACCUCUGAGUCUAUUCUAUUCUCAUACACUCUCUCUCUCUCUCUCACACACACACACACACACACACACACACACACACACACACUUAUAUAAUCCUAACUCAUCUGAUAUAUUGUGGCUGCAUUUUGAAAUAUUCUCACGCUUAAUACAAUGCUUAAUACACACACACACACACACACACACACACACACACACACACACACACACAAACACACAGACAAACACGCAGUUCAUAGUAAUCACGUCAUGCACGUUUGUUGCAGUCACUCCUAAAGCAUUUUAUCUUUGCAUAUGUAUUCUAAUAAUAAAAAAUUUAAAAAAACA